AUGGCUAACCCCCCCACAACCCCCAAUGAGACCGACCUUAUGGUAGCCCAAGCUAUCCUCGAUCUUGAGACUAACAUCCCCGAUCUCACCACCAAACUUCGUCCCCUCCAAAUCAGCGCUGCUUGCGAGACUGACCCGGGAACUGGAAACGAAAUUCUCCGAUCGCCAUGUUGUCUUAAUCAUUGGCCAGGGCCAAAUGAUGCGUAA